CUUCGAUUUUCAGCCCAUCUCGCUUUCUUUUAGGUGUUUGCACUCGCGAACCGCCCCUCUAUCUGAUCACAGAGUAUAUGGUCAAUGGCAACUUGCUCAAUUAUCUACGAGGACGCAGUCCCGGUGAUCUGACUCCGCCAGUGUUGCUCUACAUGGCUGUCCAAAUCGCCGCAGGCAUGUCCUAUUUGGAAGCGAACAAUUUCAUCCACAGAGACUUGGCGGCGCGCAACUGCCUGGUCGGCGAGUGCAGUCUGAUCAAAGUGGCCGAUUUCGGACUGGCUCGCUACGUACAACGCCAAGACACUUACACCGCUCGGAACGGUGCAAAGUUUCCCAUCAAGUGGACUGCUCCCGAGGGCCUCGCCUACUAUGUAUUCUCAUCCAAAUCGGACGUUUGGGCCUUCGGUGUCGUAUUGUGGGAACUGGCUACUUACGGCCUCUCACCAUAUCCUGGAGUGGAGCUACACGAUGUAUACCACAUUUUGGAGAAGGGUUACCGCAUGGAACGACCUCAUGGAUGUCCAGAGGCCGUGUACUCUAUCAUGUUACGUU